AUGGUUACACCAAAUUGGACACACCCACCCUUUGAAUCUCCUGCUGGAGCAUUGCCUGGCUGGGAGUGGGACCCGUCAGCAGCGGCAGCAGUCAACCAUGUCGUUGUGAAAAUUUAUCCUUUAUAUGAUAUCCACACUGAGGUGACAUUCUUAGAGGGCUCAUCUUCAUCAGACUGGUCACCAUCAUCAUCAUGUGCAUCCCCAGGGUCAUCAUCAGGUACUGACUCAACAGUGAUACUGGAAUCUACAAAGACUGAGAGAAGACAGCUUAUUGAAGGACCCCUGGAUGUCAAUGUUGCAAGAGAUAUUGUUAGAGCUGCUCUUUGUUCAAAGCCCAGUGGAAAAGAAAUAUUGGAAGAGUACGAGAAAGCAAGCACCCUCAGUGAUGUUACAAGAAGAAAGAUGGUCAACAUUCUUGUGGCAGAUAUGGUUGAGUACCAUGGGAGGGUACCUCAGGUAAAUGUGCGGAACCUCUAUGCACUUGGGAUUACAACACUGUUCCCGAAAUUGAGUGACCCAGAUUCCAAGAAUGGCUAUGAACAUUUUUAUGAUCAUCAGAGUGGUUCGGGUUAUCUAGCGUGGAGGCUGAAAACUGUUCAGCGGACCUCUGCUCAAGACCGCAAAAAAUCCAAGACAACUUUCCAAGAGGGCCCAAAGACUCCACGCAGUAUCCAUUCAGAUGAGAGGCAGUUGACCGGGGAGGAAUGUAGGGAAGCCAUAUUGGCGAUGAAACACUCAAGUGAUGCAAUCCUUGUCAGAAAUAAGAUGAAGGCCACAUUCCAGCACAGACAAAGAGUCCUUCAAGACCCAGAAAGUGCCUCUACUGUCCUUAAUCUCUUUCCCAGAUUCUUAGAUACACCUGGUUUGAUUGACCAAGAUUUCUCAAUGAUCUUUGGUGAGGAGGUGUCUGGUAAAUUCCUCUCCAAGUGGCCAACCUUUUUCAAACCGAGAGUCAUCGCAGAUUGCUGCAAGAACCUAACUCCGAGUCCGCAUGUUGAUGAGCUGCUUCUGUCUGCACAACAUAAGUCUGACGAUUGUGUCUGGCAUUCUGAGGAGUGGGAUUCUGAGAUGGCUGCCAUCCUGCUUCUGCUUCACCUCCUGCCUCCAACAGUUAAAGGGAAGAAGAGUGGCAAGAUGAGUGCGUCGGAGGCUACUCGACGCCUGAUUAAGUUCAUGAAGGUAUUAUAA